AUGGAUUCACAAGCUGACCAUCCCAAACUUGAAAUAUUCUUCUUCCCAUACAUUCUUGGUGGUCACUUGAUCCCCAUGAUAGAUUUGGCCAGGCUCUUUUCAUCUCAUGGAGUGAAAGCCACCAUUGUCACAACCCCUCACAAUGUCCUCCUCUUCCAAAAUCCCAUCCUCAGAGACCAACAAUUAGGCCAUGCCAUCAGUUUCGUCACGCUUAAUUUCCCGGCAGAGGAGUUCGGUUUGCCCAAUGGUUGCGAGAACGAGCUCACCACUACUAAUGGGGACAUGUUCACUAAGCUGUUCAUGGCCGCCAUGAAGCUCCAAGACCCUCUCAGGAAGCUUCUGUCCGAGACAAAACCAAAACCAGAUUGUCUAGUCUCGGACAGGCUCUAUCCUUGGACUGCAAAUGUCACAGAUGGUCUUGGAAUCCCAAGGAUUGUGUUCGAUGGGAGUGGUUGCUUCUCUCACUGUGUUGAAGAAAGUCUUAGAGUCUAUGCACCCCAUGAGAGAGUUGUGUCUGAGACGGAGGCUUUUGUUGUCCCAGGACUGCCCAACAAGAUUGAGCUAAAAAGGUCAAUGCUGCCAGACUAUGUCAAAUCUCAAAAUGUGUUCUCUCAUUUUCUCAAUGAAGCCCUAGAAGGUGAGAUUAAUAGCGAUGGGGUUGUGGUCAAUAGCUUCUAUGAGUUGGAGCAAGCUUAUGCUGAUUUUUUCCAGAAGGAGAUGAAGAGGAAAACAUGGCACGUAGGACCAGUCUCCUUGAACAACAGAAGCAUCAUUGACAAGGUUGAGAGAGGGAUCAAAACCUCCAUUGAUGAGUACAGUUGUUUGAGUUGGCUUGACUCCAGAGAACCCAACUCUGUUCUUUACAUUAGCUUUGGAAGCAUGCCAAGGAUCACUUCAGCACAGCUCUUGGAGAUUGCUCAUGGGCUUGAGGCUUCAGAUCACCCUUUCAUUUGGGUGAUUGGGAGGAUUUUGGAUUACUCAUCAAAAGACAAACAACAAGUAGAGAUGGCUUUGCUUCCUGUGGGAUUUGAGGAGAGGAUUUCGAAAUCCCAAAGAGGGCUUAUAAUCCGAGGCUGGGCGCCUCAGCUUUUGAUACUUGAACACCCAGCUGUGGGAGGCUAUAUGAACCACUGUGGGUGGAACUCCAUCAUUGAAGGUGUCACUGCUGGUGUGCCCAUGAUCACUUGGCCUUUCUCCUCUGAGCAGUUCUAUAAUGAGAGGUUCAUCCUCAACAUCAUCAAGGUUGGGGUUUCAAUGGGAAAUGAACACUGGGUUCCAUUGAAGGAGCUGCCUAGAGUGACCAUAAAGAGCGACAAGGUAGCAAGUGUUGUGAACAGACUAAUGGGCAGUGAAGAAACUGAAGUGGUUCAAAUGAGAAAGACAGCAGCAGAGUUUAGAGACAAGGCCAUGCAAGCUUUUCAAGAAGGUGGUUCUUCUUACAACAAUGUUGAUGCUUUCAUCCAAGAGCUCAAGUCUCGCCGGAAAGUUCAGAACGGUCAUCUGUAA